CGAGCAACUUCAUCUAUAACCACAAUGUCGCUGGCGAGGGCAAACCUGCUCUUACGCCAAAAGUACGCAGUUGGGAGCGUUUCAGUCAUUCAGCGGAGAUUCGUAUCGCACGACAGUCAUACUCAUCAUGAGCACCAUGAUGACACUCAUUAUUCACGGGAAGCUGGAUUCUUUACACCCUUCUGGCGUAACACAGCCCUGGUUUCUCUUCUUGCAGUCGGGUUCUACAAAUGGGCUCCUUCGCCAAACCAAGACGUCUAUCUGACUCGAUGGCUUGCUCAGUACAUGACGCCGCGUGACUUCUGGGCAGCCAUCAAUGAGAAACACUUGUUGUUGUCACAACAAGCUUCCGACAAUACUAUUUUGCAGGCUGAUGCCAAGAGGCCAAACAUGCACCGCUAUAGAUAUCCUCAAAUUCUAGAUUCAGGUUCACCUCACCUACAGCCAGUCGGAUGUGUUGCCGACACGAGUUCAACGGCUGUUAGAUCCGGAUGAGAAGGAUUAGAGUAGAUUUUUUUGGCACAAGUUGCAGUGCCCAGUUGAUCCAUUCUAUUGCAAUGUAAAAACUGGACCGCAUUCACUAUAAAUUCUUCCGUUUCGGAGAUG